CCGGUGAUGGAGGACUCCAAAACCUAGAAAGGGAAAGAGAGUGACGGAUAGAGGAGGAGUGGGACGAUGCAUUCGUUCGGCUACAGGGCGAACGCGGUGGUGACGUUCGCCGUCACGAUCUUGGCGGUGAUGUGCGGCAUGGCCUCCCUCUCCGACAACUUCAACUCCCCCUCACCCACCGCCGACGUGAAGGUUCUGAAUAUAAACUGGUUCCAGAAGCAACCAAAUGGAAAUGAUGAGGUCAGCCUAACAUUGAACAUAUCAGCAGACCUUUCAUCUCUGUUUACCUGGAAUGCUAAGCAGGUAUUUGUAUUUGUGGCAGCUGAGUAUGAAACUCCUCAGAAUGCCUUAAAUCAGGUUUCACUUUGGGAUGGAAUCAUACAAUCAAAGGAGCACGCAAAGUUCUGGAUUCACACCACAAACAAGUACCGUUUUACUGACCAGGGCAACAACCUAAGGGGGAAGGACUUUAACUUGACGCUUCACUGGCACAUAAUGCCGAAGACUGGCAAGAUGUUUGCUGACAAAAUAGUCAUGACUGGAUAUAGCCUUCCUGAGGAGUACAGAUAGAGAAUAUGUGCAGUUGGUUCGUCCCCCUCUUUCAGACUUCAACAAAUAGAUACAAUGUUAUGCGAUUCCAACCUAGACACCAGGUCUUGCAGAGGGUAGGAAUGGAAAUCAAUGACCUCUUGCUUCAGAGCCUCUUUGGAGGAUGUUGUACCUUAUCUUUAAUUUUCCGAUUGAUUUCCUAGAUCUCAACUAUCGAAAUGUUUUGAGCCUCAAGGAAUGAAAUGUGUUAGACUGAUCAUGUACAACAGGAUUCUCAUGGUUGCAUCAACUCAGAUAGCUUUAGUGACAAGAAACCUUCUCCAGUUGAAAGCUUGGUGGUCGAUAGCAAGAAGUAUGUUUGUACCACAAGACUUAAGUUGUGUCCUGAUAUGGUUCAGCAAGUUACGGAACAUGAAAAAUAUCAUGACUGCAGUGGUUGAUGACAGAUUAAUUCGAUGAUAUUAU